UUGUAAAAAUUUAGAAAUCGCAUUGAGUACGGACGCCAAACUUUUGCUUUCAUUUAAUUCCUAGAGCAAUUAUUUGCAGUCGUUCUUUCGGUGGUGCUAUAAAAUGAGGAUGAAACGAUCUGGUGUACUCGAACUUUUGGACGAGAAGAAACCUUUGAAGAUUUGCGCUCCCAUGGUGAGGUACUCUAAGUUGCAGUUUCGACAUUUAAUGCGAAAAUGGGGGGCGGACGUGGUUUUCAGCCCGAUGAUUACUGCGGAUACUUUCAGAAAGUCUGCUAAGGCUCGCGAUGCUGAUUUUUCUACUGAUCAAAAUGAUUUCCCGCUUAUCGUUCAGUUUGGUGCUAGCUCACCGGAAAUUCUUUUGGACGCAGCUGAACAUGUAAUUGGGCUUUGCGACGGGAUUGAUGUUAAUUGUGGAUGCCCUCAGAAGUGGGCGAUUGGAGAAAAGAUUGGAGGAUAUCUUUUGAGUCGACCUGAACUGAUCCAAGAUAUGGUGCGGCAGCUGUGGAACCGGGUUCCGGAAACUAGUUUUACGAAAUCUAUAAAGAUUCGAGUGAAUGAGGAUAUCUCCAAAACCGUGGAUUUAUGCCGGCAACUCGAGGCGGCUGGUGUUUCUUUCAUAACCAUUCACGGACGAACACUGAAGCAGAAAAACGAGCCUGCAGACUGGGAUGCCAUUCGGAUUGCUAAAGAAGCCGUCAGGAUCCCCGUUUUCGCUAACGGUGAUAUUAAAACAUACGCAGAUAUUGAUCGGUGUGUGGCUGCAACAGGUGCUGAUGGAGUUAUGUCGGCUAACGGGGUUUUUUUACAUCCUGCUCUGUUUUCUGGCUAUGAUGUGACACCUGUGGAAUGUGUUGAAGACUGGCUCCAGAUUAAUCAAAGAGAUCCGUCGUGUCCAUUUCGCAUUUUCCACCAUCAUUUAAUAUGGAUGACGGAAAUACUGUCGAAAUCUGAGCGAAUCAGAUUCAGCGAUUUGCAGAAGAAAGAAGAUGUCGUACAGUAUAUUACGGAUUAUUUCCACAUCGAUCCAGAAAAAUUGCAGACCAGUAGAGCGGCACAGAUGGAACAAUAUGGAAUUACCUGACCGCUUUCAUUCCCGAAUGCCCAAAUAUUGAAUUGUCCAGCUGCGACUGGCAGUAAAUUUUGUUUACCUUUGCCAUGUCUGAUGCACUAAAAGAAUUGGAGCUGCCUAAAUGUUCGUUGGGAUCACUUUUGGAUCGUACGGUCCAUGUAUCAGGAUCGUUGGCGAAUUUGUUUCCAUCGAAGUGGCUGACAGAUUCAAAAUCAAAUGGAAAAUCCAGUGUGAGGAAUGCUUCCGGCAAAUAUUUCGAGAAGCUCCGCACGAACCCUGCAACGAUGUUGGUUCUGGCUGCUGUUUUGUGUAACUCAACUCACAGCUUUUUGAUUAAAAGCACUUUUAAAACGUUUUACGUGGCCAAUUGGUUUUUGGUUACUACUAUACCUGUUCGAAUGUUUUGCCAGUUGAUCUCGAUAUACUGGUCCCGGUCUGGGCGAUUCAGCUCACUGUGAAAGCCUACAAAGCAUUAUUAGAUUGCAUACUGUACUCUGCUAUAACUAUACACCUAAGAGAGAA